CGCGAUGCUGCAGCGUCGGACGUUCCUGAAGAAGACGCGCGCGGGCGGGGUGGUGAAGGUGGUGCGCGAGCACUACUUGCGCGACGACAUCGGGUGCGGGGCCCCCGCCUGCGCGCGCUGCCCCGGGCCCCGCGGGGGGGACGGGGACGGGCUGGAGGCCCGGCCAAGGCUCCCCGCCAGCAGCCUCUGCCCGCAGCCGCACUACCUGCUGCCCGACACCAACGUCCUCCUCCACCAGAUAGAUAUUCUUGAGGAUCCCAUCAUCAGAAAUGUGAUCGUGCUGCAAACAGUUCUCCAGGAAGUGAGAAAUCGGAGUCCACCGGUUUAUAAACGAAUCAGAGAUGUGAUUAAUAAUCUUGAAAAGCACUUCUAUACCUUCACUAAUGAACAUCACAGAGAAACAUACGUGGAACAGAAACAGGGGGAAAAUGCUAAUGAUCGAAACGACAGAGCCAUUCGAGUUGCAGCCCGGUGGUACAACGAGCACCUGAAGAAAAUCACGGGGGAUGACAGCCCGCCCCAGGUUGUCUUAAUAACAAAUGACAGAAAAAAUAAAGAAAAGGCUAUUGAAGAGGGUAUACCAACUUACACAUGUGAGGAGUACAUAAAAAGCUUAAUAGCUAACCCUGAGCUUGUAGAUCGUCUUGCUUGUAUAUCUGAUGAAAAGAAUGAAAUAGAAAGUGGAAAAAUACUAUUUUCGGAGCACCUUCCGCUUAGUAAGUUACAGCAGGGCAUAAAAUCUGGCAUUUACCUUCAAGGAACAUUCAGAGCCAGUAGGGAAAAUUAUCUUGAAGCCACAGUAUGGGUUCAUGGAGAUGUUGAAGAGAACAAAGAGAUAAUUAUUCAAGGACUUAAAAAUUUAAAUCGAGCAGUUCAUGAAGAUAUCGUUGCUGUGGAGCUCCUGGCAAAAAAUCAGUGGGUGGCCCCAUCUUCUGUCGUCUUGCUUGAUGAAGGACAAAAUGAAGAUGAUUUGGAGCUGGAAGAGGAAAAAGAAAACGCCCUGAAGACUGCGGUAAAUGAGAAAAUGUUAAGGCCUACUGGUAAAGUGGUGGGAAUAAUAAAAAGGAAUUGGAGACCGUUCUGUGGUAUGCUUUCCAAGUCCCUUAUUAAAGAGGCAAGAAGGCAUCUCUUCACACCUGCCGAUAGAAGGAUCCCUCGAAUUCGAAUAGAAACCAGGCAAGCCUCCACGUUAGAUGGACAGAGAAUUAUUGUUGCUAUCGAUGGUUGGCCCAGAAAUUCUAGAUAUCCUAAUGGUCACUUUGUAAAAAAUUUAGGCACCGUUGGAGAUAAAGAGACAGAGACAGAAGUGCUCCUUCUUGAACAUGACGUCCCCCAUCAGCCUUUCUCCCAGGCUGUCCUCAGCUUCCUGCCAAAGAUGCCCUGGAGUAUUACUGGAAAGGACAUGAAAAACAGAGAAGAUCUGAGGCAUCUGUGUGUUUGUAGCGUGGACCCUCCGGGAUGUACUGAUAUUGAUGAUGCUUUGCAUUGCAGAGAACUGGAAAAUGGAAAUCUAGAGGUCGGUGUACAUAUUGCCGAUGUCAGUCAUUUUAUUCGUCCAGGAAAUGCUUUGGAUCAAGAAUCUGCCAGAAGAGGAACGACUGUGUACCUGUGUGAAAAAAGGAUUGAUAUGGUUCCAGAGUUGCUUAGCUCUAACUUGUGCUCCUUAAGAUCUAAUGUGGACAGGCUAGCAUUUUCCUGCAUUUGGGAAAUGAAUCACAAUGCAGAAAUUCUCAAAACCAGGUUUACCAAAAGUGCUAUUAAUUCAAAGGCAUCUCUUACGUACGCUGAGGCGCAGAUGAGAAUUGAUUCCGGAAGCAUGCGUGAUGAAAUCACCACAAGUCUCCGUGGCCUGAACAAACUAGCCAAAAUUCUGAAAAAACAAAGAAUAGACAAAGGAGCUUUGACGCUUUCCUCCCCCGAAGUCCGCUUUCAUAUGGACAGUGAAACCCACGACCCUAUAGAUCUACAGACAAAGGAACUGAAAGAAACAAAUUCCAUGGUGGAAGAAUUUAUGUUACUCGCCAAUAUCUCUGUUGCAGAAAAAAUUUAUGAAGAGUUUUCUGAGCACGCCCUGCUCCGAAAACAUCCUGCCCCGCCUCCGUCCAAUUAUGAAAUCCUUGUUAAGGCCGCUAAGUCUAAGGAUUUGGACGUUAAGACGGAUUCAGCAAAGGCUCUGGCUGAGUCAUUAGACCGUGCAGAAUAUCCUAGCUUCCCAUAUUUAAACACUCUUCUGCGAAUACUGGCCACCCGCUGCAUGAUGCAAGCUGUCUAUUUCUGUUCCGGAAUGGAUAAUGAUUUUCAUCAUUAUGGCUUAGCCUCCCCGAUAUACACACACUUCACUUCACCCAUCAGAAGAUACGCUGAUAUAAUCGUGCAUCGGCUGCUGGCUGUGGCGAUCGGAGCGGACUCAACGUAUCCAGAGCUCACGGACAAACACAAACUAGCGGAUCUGUGUAAAAAUCUCAAUUUCCGACACAAAAUGGCCCAGUAUGCCCAGCGAGCGUCGGUGGCGUUCCACACGCAGUUGUUCUUCAAAAGUAAAGGAAUAGUGAAUGAAGAAGCCUACAUUUUGUUUGUACGGAAGAAUGCCAUUGUGGUCCUAAUCCCCAAGUAUGGUUUAGAAGGAACCGUGUUCUUUGAGGAGAAAGACAAACCAAAACCGAAGCUCACUUACAAUGAUGAGAUACCUUCCCUUAAAGUAGAAGACACAGCAUUCCAUAUGUUUGAUAAAGUUAAAGUGAAAAUCAUGUUAGAUUCGUCCAACCUUCAGCAUCAGAAAAUACGCAUGGCGUUGGUGGAGCCCCAGAUUCCGGGAAUCAGCAUUCCUACAACGGCUCCCAGCUCCAACAGUGAUGAACCAGAGAAAAAGAAAAGCAAGCUAGAAAAAUAACUCUCUUGGUUAAAAAUGUAACUGGAAACUUUAACCUGUUACUUUUAAGUGCAUCUUAUUAUUUCUUUUUUUACAAUUUGCAUUUAUUAAACCACUGCCCAAGUGUGUCUGAU